AUGACGCGAGUUGAAUUAACAAUAGCAAUCAAGUCAUCUGCGGAAAAAGAAUUACGCGAUAAUCCACCUUGUAAAGUUUAUACGAACGUAACCGCAUCGACCACCUUUUCGAACCAGAAACGUACAUCCGCAACGUAUGGUAUUGGGACCACAGCAUUCUUCUAA